AUGGCUACCCCUAGUGUCCUAGCUUUUGACGCUGAGGGUCGCGCCAUUGAUUUUGAGGUCUGGCUAGACGACCUGCAGCUGUUCUUACAGUGCGACAGGGCUGAUGACCUUUCUCUCUUUGACCUCACCUCUGGCGCCUCUCCUGCUCCUGCUGCUGAUGCUGAUCCCGCUGUCCGCUCUAAGUGGGCCACCCGCGAUGCUGCUGCACGUCUUGCUGUGCGUCGCCACCUCCCUACCUCUGAGCGUGCGCACUUUAGUCAGUACAAGAGUGCUCAGACCUUGUACGACGCUGUAGUUGCGCGCUACUCCUCCCCUGCCACUGCUGCACUGAGCCGUCUCAUGCUUCCCUACCUCUUUCCUGACCUCUCUGCCUUUCCCACUGUCGCUGACCUCAUUACGCACCUCCGCACUAGUGACACUCGCUACCGCGCCGCCCUUCCUGCUGAGUUUUGCGCUAGGAACCCCCCUCCCAUGUACAUCGCUCUCUACUACGUAGUCGCGCGCCUCCCUGACUCCCUUCGCGUCGUCAGGGACCACUUUCUCGCAGUCUGUCCCACCACUCUCACCGUCGACCUCCUCGAGAAGGCCCUCCUUGCAGCGGAGAAGAGCAUUGUCGCUGUAGCAAGGGCAAGGGAGGCAAGGGCGCGGGUGGAGCUGGGGGGGGGCGGUGGCGGUGGCGGCGGUGGCGGCGGAGGGAGUGGGGGUGGCGGCGGGACUAGUGGCGGGGGUGGUGGUGGUGGUGGUGGUAGCAGCGGCGGAGACGGUGGUGGUGGUGCCAGCGGUGGUGGUGGAGGCAGCGGCGGAGGUGGAGGCGGCGGAGGUGGAGGCAGUGGAGGCGGCAGCGGCGGAGGCAGUAGUGGUGGAGGAGGUGGAGCUGGUCGGGGUGGUACCCAGCAGCGUAGCGGCGGUGGUGGUGGCCAGCGCUCGCACCGGCAGCAGCAGCAGCGCUCACGGGACAUCCCUUCGCCUCAGCAGCUUCGUGAGUGGUACGCUGGGCGUCAGAGGGGUGGGGGUACUGGUCCCUGCACCUACGUUCUUCGUUCCGGCGACCGCGCGGGUGAGCAGUGUGGGGGUGCCCACGCCACCCAGCGCUGCUUUGGCCGCCUGACGGACGCUUGGCGUCAGCAGUUCCUUGGGGCUAGUGAGAUCCCUCGCUGGGAUGAGCUUCUCAGGGCUGGUGUAGCGAUCUUUGAUCUUGAUUUUGAUGCUAUCCUUACUGCUAUGUAUGUUGUGGAUUAUAGUGCGGAGAAUAAGGGUUACCGGUGUUUCCAGCCCGACCCGGGCAUUGGUACUGCUGCGCUAGGUGCUUGUGAGGCUGCUGCUCUAGGUGCCAGUGCGUCUGCGCUCUCAGGUACUGGUGAGACUGCGUUCUCAGGUACUGAGUCGUCCUCGUCCUCCCUCACUUUCACACUUGACUCCGGAGCUUCUCGCUCCUUCUUUCGAGACCGCACUACCCUUUCGCCGCUCGCCAGGCCGGUUGCGGUCUCCCUUGCUGACCCCUCUGGGGGUCCUGUCCUUUCUCACUUCUCCACUGUCCUCCCGUGUCCGGCUGCCCCUUCGGGCACCCUGUCGGGUCUGUACCUUCCCUCGUUCUCUACGAACUUGGUGAGUGGAGCGGACCUGCAGGAUGGGGGUGUUCACCAGUUCACUCCUGCGCGUCAGCGGGUGACCCACUGCACGGAGGCUCGCACAGGCCGACACCUGGCCACGUUCUCGCGUCGGCCGGGGUCGAGUCUCUACACCCUGACCGUUGAGUCUCCUCCUGUCCCUGCGUCUGGUCAGGUGGCUGCGUCGGGUCAGGUACUUGCUGCUGCGUCCCGGUCAGGUCCUGAGUCUGCCCCCUGUUCUUGUUGCCUCCUGUCUCACGAGACUCUCCUGUGGCACCACCGUCUUGGCCACCCCUCCUUGCCCCGUCUUCGGAGCAUGGCUUCCCGUGUCCUUGUCUCUGGUCUUCCCCAGUCUCUCCCUCCUCUCCCCUCCGGGCCAGGACCUUCCUGUGUCCCCUGUGUCGAGGGUCGCCUCCGGGCUACUCCUCACUCCUCCCACUUCCCCCCGACAGAGGCUCCCCUGCAGACGCUUCACAUGGAUGUGUGGGGCCCAGCCCCCGUCCGUGGGCAGGGUUACGAACGAUACUUCCUGUUGGUGGUUGACGACUACUCGCGUUACACCACAGUCCUCCCCUUGCGCAGCAAGGGUGCGGUCACUGAGGUGCUGAUCGACUGGAUCCGCGAGGCUCGUCUCCAGCUCAGGAAGAGCUUCGGCUCGGACUUUCCUGUUCUGCGUCUGCACUCUGACAGAGGCGGAGAGUUCUCUUCUCGCCUUCUGCGAGACUACUGUCGUGCACGGGGGAUCCGCCAGACCUUCACGCUUCCGGACUCACCACAGCAAAAUGGGAUUGCUGAGCGCCGCAUUGGCAUGGUCAUGGAUGUCGCUCGUACGUCCAUGAUGCAUGCGGCUGCCCCCCAUUUUCUGUGGCCGUUUGCGGUGAGGUACGCGGCGCAUCAGCUCAACCUUCACCCCCGGGUCUCUCGGCCUGCGAUGUCCCCAGUCUUGCUGUGGACAGGGAAGGUUGGCGAUGCGUCUGUGUUCCGUGUCUGGGGAUCUCGGGCGUUUGUCCGCGACUUGUCUGCGGACAAGCUGUCCCCUCGUGCUGCUCCCUGUGUCUUUCUUGGCUUCCCCACUGACGCCCCAGGGUGGCAGUUUUACCACCCCUCCUCUCGUCGUGUUCUGUCCUCCCAGGACGUCACGUUCGACGAGUCAGUCCCCUUCUACCGUCUCUUCCCCUACCGCACUCCUUCCCUCCCCCCUCCCCCGGACUUCCUUGUGCCGGUUCCCCCCCCGGUAGACCCCCUCCCCCCUCAGGUUCCUGCCCCCUCAGGUGUGUCCCAGGUAGACGCCGUUGACCCGGUCGAGGUUACUGGUGACUCUGGUCCUGCUGCGGGUGCUGAGCCUGGGGGUGCUGACUCUGGGGGUACUGUGCGCGGGGGUGCUGUGCCUGGGGGUGCUACUGCUGGGGGUGCUGGGCCUGUGGGUGCUACUGCGGUGGGUGCGGAGCCUGGGGGUGCUGAGCCGGGGGGUGCUGUGCCUGGAGGUGCUGGGUCUGGGGGUGCUGGGUCGGGAGCUGCUGAACCUGGGGGUGCUGAGCUGGGAGCUGCUGAGCCUGGGGGUGCUGCGUCAGGAGCUGCUGAGCCUGGGGUUUCUCCUGCUGCUGCGUCUCGCCGGGAGCCCCUCUCUCCACAGGAGCUGCGCGAGUGGUUCGCUCGCCGCUGGAGGCGUGCUGCUGAGUCUGGAGGUGCUGCUGGAGCUGGAGCUGGAGCUUCUUCGAUCGUCCAGGGUGCGGGUGCUGCCGGUCCCGGAGCUGCUGGACCUGCGGGUCCUCCUGGAGCUGGAGCUGCUGAGGGCGUUCGUGCUGAGCCUGCUGCUGUUGGUCCUGCCGCUGGAGGUGUGGGUGGCGCUGGUGCUGUCGCUGAGGGUGCUGGUGCUGUCCCUGCUGAGACUGGAGCUGCCGCACGGCCUCGGCCGUACUUCGUUCCGCUCCUUCAGCAGGUUCUUGGUCUUUCUCCUCCAGUAGAGGGUCCACCGCCUGUCCAGUCGCAGUCCCUACUAGAGCCUUCCUCUCCACUGCCUGCUCCCUCUCCUUACACUGGUCCUACUGGAGGUCUUGCUGAGCGUCGUGAGCCUGCGUCUCGCCCCGCGUCGCCUGUUCGUGCUGCUCGCGCUAGUGGUCGCAGUUCGCGUCAGCGUCCUCCUCCUGUCCCUGGCACGCACCGGAUGUCUCUGCGUCCGUCCACUGCUCCUCUGCGUGCCCCUUUGCCUUCUCCUCCUGAGUCCUCUCUUCCUGCGCUUGCCGACCCUGAGUCGGACUCUCUUCGCGCUGCCAGUCCUACUGUCACGCGUCUGCUUGCUACUGUCGUCACUGACCCCUCUUUUGAGUCCACUGCUGCGUCUGCUCUAGUCGCUGAGCUCGUCGACUUUGCUGCUCGCUGUCGUCUCGACUACGCUGCUAGUCUUGUUGCUGAGUCUGCGUCUGUCUGUCCUCCGUCCGUCGGGGGUGAGUGUGCUCUUGGCACGGACGUCCUAGAGGACAGGCAGGAGGAGUUACAGUGUCUAGCGGCUGCUUCACCUCAUCUCGCGUCUGUACUGCUUGCCCCUGAGGGAGACCCGGAUGCACUAGACAUCCAGACUCCGCGUUCUUACGCGGAGGCCGUAGAGGGCCCCUACUCCUCUCAGUGGCAGGCAGCCAUGGAUGCAGAGAUGGCUUCCUCGAAGUCCACAGGCACCUAUGUUGACGCGGUUCCCCCUCCUGGGGCGAACAUCGUCAGUGGCAUGUGGAUCUUCAGGGUGAAGCGGCCGCCUGGCUCUCCACCUGUCUUCAAGGCACGGUACGUUGCUCGUGGCUUCAGUCAGCGGCAGGGAGUUGACUACUUUCAGACCUUCUCUCCCACCCCGAAGAUGACUACUCUUCGGGUGCUGCUGCACAUAGCCGCUCAGCGCGACUACGAGCUUCACUCUCUCGACUUCAGCAAUGCGUUCUUGCAGGGUAGCCUGCACGAGGAGAUCUGGCUUCGCCGUCCACCUGGCUUCACUGGGACUUUCCCUCCUGGCACCCAGUGGAGCCUCAGACGGCCAGUCUACGGUCUCCGCCAGGCACCGCGUGAGUGGCACGACACACUGAGGACUACGCUUGCGGCUCUUGGGUUUGCUCCUUCUACUGCUGACCCGUCGCUGUUUCUUCGCACCGACACUUCCCUGCCACCGUUCUACAUCCUCGUGUACGCAUUUUCGUUUCCCUGGUUAGGCAUGCAUUUUUCCUAA